GUUACUUCAAGGGACAAAGAAAAACUUUUACUAGUCUGACACUAUAAUAAUUUUCCCUUGGAUUCCUCUGUUGAACCUAUACCUAGAUGACAUUUACCUUAGCCCUUAAGCCAAAAAAGAAAGAAAAGAUCCAUUGCCUCAUCCUCUGUAAUCUCAUGGAUUCACUGGUUUCAAUCCUCUGCAUCUUCUUCUUCUUCAAUAUAAUUCUUACCCCAGUUCAUGCUCAAGUGAUCUUUGAGGAUGGUUACUCAGUUAAGACACUGAUUGAUGGCCACAAGAUCAAAAUUAACCCUCACUCCAUAAUUUCUGUAAUGGGUGCUGGCAAUUUCAUCAUUCUUGAUUCUGCUGCCAGUACUUUUUACACCUUAUCUUUCAACAAAAACUCUGAAUUUUCUAUUUCGAAGUUAACUGGUAGUGAGACUGCUGGCUAUGUGGAUGGUUCUCUGGAUAAGGCUAAGUUCAACAAACCCAAAAGCUUUGCUGUUGAUUCAAAAGGGAAUAUUUAUGUUGCUGAUAUUUGGAACAAGCAUGCAAUUAGAAAGAUUAGCAAGUCAGGUGUUACUACAAUAGCAGGGGGUUAUUCACUAAAGCCAGGCCGUGCUGAUGGACCUGGAUUAAAUGCGUCAUUCUCAGCUGAUUUUGAACUUUCUUUUGUUCCUGAGAGAUGCACUUUAAUGAUCUCUGACCGUGGCACUAUGUUAGUGCGGCAAAUACAGCUUAAGGCCGAGGAUUGUUCAAGAGAUUCUCAUUCUGCUCUAAGAGCAGUUUCUACAUGGUUCUUAACCGUGGGGCUUCCCUGCUUGGUCUGCUUGAUUCUCGGGUUGGUCAUCCGUCCUUAUGUUAUCCCUAAUACAGGAACAUGGCAGUCGUCUUCGGCGCAACAUGACAUGGAAGCACUUCCUAAUCAGUCUGGAGAGACAAGUUCUGAUGUUCUGCUUCGGCAUCAGAAGCGUAGUUGUUGACUCAAAGAUCUAUUCACUUUUAAGGAAGCUCGUGUUACUUACUUUCUCCCAUCUGUGCCUAAUGUUUAGUCCUAAAGUAGUAGUAUGCCAGACUUCUCGUAAACAACUGGCUCCUCUCUUAAGUUUUGACGACUCUGAAAGCAAAGAAUCAGCAAAAUCACCGGUGGCAGCUAACAUUUUGGAGGAUUUGAUAACUUUUGAUGGAAGUUUGGUUAACUCCGAGCUGACUACUAAUCAAGAUGAUGCAGUGAGCAAAAGUACCGAUGUUUCUGUUGUAGAUAGCAUGAUACUAGCUAAUCUAAAAGGGUUUGCAGAACAGGGGAUUGCUUCUUCAGGGCGUGAAGUUUCAUCGAGCAUUUCGAGCUUAGUUAACCGAAAAAAGAACGUAACUUAGUGAAGUCUAGCAGUAGUAUGUAUUACUAUUAACUUUUGCAACUGUUCUGAAAGUUCAUCGGUCUAUCUGCUACCACUUUCAUGUACAUAGUGGACAAGCAAAUGACUCAAGGCCCUUUUGAGUUAAUAUUUCUAGUCUGUGUUUUCUUGUUUCAAUGAAGUGAUGUCUUGUAUGAAAAAACUAUUUGUUUUUGUUUCCAUC